AUGGCUGUCAGUGGGAUCAACGCACCUGCCUUGAUGCCGCGGAAAAUGGCCGUUUCGAAUGCCUCAAGUACGCCCAUGAAAAAGGAUGUCCAUGGAAUUGCGAUACAUGUGCAGCUGCUGCUAAAAAUGGCCAUUUGGAAUGCCUCAAGUACGCCCGUGAAAACGGAUGUCCAUGGAAUGGCGAUACAUGUGCAGCUGCUGCCAGAAAUGGCCAUUUGGAGUGCCUCAAAUAUGCCCAUGAAAAUGGUUGUGUUUGGGGAGAUAACACAUGCCGCAGCGCAGCUGAAAAUGGCCAUUUGGAAAUCCUAA